AUGCCCGAUGCAGACACACUGUCUGAUAUGCCGAGUGUUCGUUCAAAUACCCCAAGUUCUGGCAUUCGACCGAAAAGCUAUGUAAAAUACCCAAGCCUUGAUGGGUCGCGAAUGCAUGGAUCCCCAUCACCUGUCGGUUACAAAACUAGAAGCAGUAUCUGCAGUGAUCAACAUCAAUUGCAUGAUCAGAGACCCAGUUCAGCCUCUCAUCUUGCUAGAUACGUUAUCAAUCAUAAUAAUUACUCCCAAAGUGCCAACUCCUCCCUUUGCUAUGGUCAUAAUGGCCACUCAAAUGAACCUAAAAAUCGCCGUCCUUCCCCUACUAUCAUUCAGACGCAAUAUCGCACAUCGGCCAAUGCUGAGAAGUAUGCCCGAAAGGUGCUUUCCAAACCUACACAACAAAAAUACCUUGUCCAUCAUUCCCUUAACAAACCUGGCUCUCCCAACACUGUCACCACUGCCAAAUCCGAUGGGUCUGUUGCGCAUUCUAUUUACUUUCCCCGAAAAAACUCCAGCAAAUACUUUGUCGCAAUUUUUGACUAUCAGGCACACUGUGACGAGGACCUUACAGUUCACAAGGGGGACGUAGUCAUCAUGCUUGAUCACAGUGAUGCCGAUUGGUGGCUCGUUGAGAACGCGACGACCAACCUCCAUGGUUAUGUUCCUUCAGCUUACCUCGCAGAAGAAAACUCAAUCCACGUAUUUGAGUGGUUCUUCCGUGAGAUGUCCCGAAAGGACUCCGAGCGGCUUCUCCUGCUUCACGGCAACCCUCUCGGCACAUUCCUCGUCCGAGCCAGCGAGACAACCCAAGGUAAUCAUCAUCCUCAUCAUUAA